GGUGGCGGCGGGAAGCGUCGCAGCAGCUGCGGGGCGAAGCAGCCGGCGUGGAAGCGGCGGCGCCGCGCGGCCUCGGAGUGCGGCCCGGUGCUGCCGUCCGAGUUCCUGCUCGGCGGGAACAUCUUCGACCCGCUCAACCUCAACAGCCUCCUGGACGAGGAGGUGAGCCGGGCGCUGAACGCGCGCACCCCGCAGUCCUCGCCGCUCCCGCAGCGCGGCCGCGACCCCGUGGAGAUCCUGGUGCCGCGGGACAUCACGGACCCGCUGAGCCUCAACGCGCCGGGCGAGGGGCUCCGCUUGGCUUCCCCGGCCAAGAGCGCUCGGCGCCGGCAUCGCCACCGCGGGCAGCAACGGGGCAGCGCCGCCACCACCGCUACCGCCACCGCCACCGCUACCGGUACCGGGCCCGGUGAAGAACCCGCCCGCCCCGCCGAACCCUCCGCCGCUCCCACCGCCCCGCCGUGCCCCGCCGCUCUCCCCGCCCCCGGCCGGCACCGCAAGCGCCGACGGACUUGCAGCAAAUCCGAGGGCCCUCGCCCGCCGCCCCCUCCUUCCACCACCGCCACCACCGAGAAGCCCAAACCCCCCGGUAAAGCGGCGCAGCGGCCGCGGCACCAAGUGCGCAAAUUCCAGUACGGGAAUUACUGCAAAUACUACGGCUACCGCAACCCGGACGUGGAGGACGCGCGGCUGCGGGCGCUGCGGCCCGAGUGGUUCGCGGGGAAGGAGGUGCUGGACGUGGGCUGUAACGUGGGGCAUCUCACGCUGAGCAUCGCCAAGCGCUGGGCRCCCUCCCGGGUCGUGGGGCUGGACAUUGACGGGCGGCUGAUCCGCUCGGCCCGCCAGAACAUCCGCCACUAUCUGUCCGAAGGGCUGGGGGCGGACGGUGACUCCGCUGGCGGGGCCAGGAAAGGCUUCCCCGCCGCGCUUUUGGCCAGCCGGGGUCCCAUCGCCGCCCCGCAGCUGCCGCCGGACGGGCCCGGAGCCGCCGAUUUCCCGCACAACGUGGUGUUCGUCACGGGGAACUACGUCCCGGAGCGGGAGGAGGCGGUGGGGGCCCAGCGCCCCGAGUUUGACGUGGUGCUGCUGCUGUCCCUCACCAAAUGGGUGCAGCUCAACUGGGGCGACGAGGGGCUCAAGAGGCUCUUCGUGGGGUUUGAGCGCUGCGAGCUCCUGGGGACCCCCCAGCACAGCUCCAAAGGCUUCCAGCGGCCGAUUUAUCUCUUCCACAAGGGACGAGGUGACUCCCACUGAGCCCCCCCAAGAACCCCUCCCCAAUUUUGGGGGGGCCCUGAUGCUCCUGGGGUGGGUGGGGGAGGGGUCGCUCCCCAGCCCACCAGAUGCCAAAUGGGGGAAGGGGCUCUGUUUGUUUCCCCUUCCCCCGAUUUUUGGGGUGUUCCCUCCCCCCCCCCCGGCGUUUGCCGUGGUUUGCUCCUGUGCGAGGGGGGGCCCCGGAAUAAAGGAGGUGAUUGGUCAGCA